AUGGUCGAGAAGGGUAUAGUGACCUAUGAUGAUGUGCAUGUCAACUUCACUCAGGAAGAGUGGGCUUUGCUGGAUCCUUCUCAGAAGAGUCUCUACAAAGAUGUGAUGCUGGAGACCUAUAGGAAUCUUGCUGCUAUAGGCUAUGUUUGGGAAGAUCUUAAUAUUGAAGAACAUUUUCAAAGUUCUAGAAGAUAUGGAAGACAUGAGAGAAGUCAUACUGAAGAGCAGUCUUCUCAGUUUAUGCCAUGUGGUGAAGCCUUGGUACUUCACCGUUAUCUUCAAAUACAUAAAAGGACACACACUGGACAGAAAUCCUUUGAAUGUAACCAAUGUGGUAGAGCCUUUUCAGGAAAUCAUCAUCUCCUAAGACAUAAAAGAAUACAUACUGGUGAGAAGCCCUAUGAGUGUAACCAAUGUGGUAAAGACUUCGCACGACACUGUUCUCUUCAAACACAUAAAAGAAUUCAUACAGGAGAGAAACCUUAUGAAUGUAAUCAGUGUGGUAAAGGCUUUGUAUGUCACAGUAGUCUCAAAAAACAUAAAAGAACACAUACAGGAGAGAAGCCCUAUAAAUGUAGUCAGUGUGAUAAAGCCUUUUCAUGUCCAAGUGGUCUCCUGUAUCAUAAAAGAACACAUACAGGAGAGAAGCCCUAUAAAUGUAGUCAGUGUGAUAAAGCCUUUUUAUGUCCAAGUAGUCUCCUGUAUCAUAAAAGAACACAUACUGGAGAGAGACCAUAUGAAUGUAAUGAAUGCGGUAAAGCCUUUAAUCAUAAUGGUCAUCUUCAGAUACAUAAAAGAACACACACUGGAGAGAAGCCCUUUGAAUGUGACCAAUGUGGUAAAGCCUUUGCACGAAACAGUCAUCUCCUACAACAUAAGAGAGUACACAGUGGAGAGAAACCCUAUGAAUGCAAGGAUUGUGGUAAAGCCUUUGCAUAUUAUAAUAGUCUCCAAGUGCAUAACCGAACACAUACAGGAGAGAAACCCUAUGAAUGUAAUCAAUGUGGUAAAGCCUUUUCAUCCUUUCCAAACCAACCUAGUCUGCAAAUACAUAAAACAACACAUACUGGAGAGAAACUGUUUGAAUGCAAACAAUGUGGUAAAGCCAUUGCAUAUUCAUGGUCUUCUCUGAAUACAUGAAAGAAUAUCUACUGGAGAUAUAUAUUAUGAGUGCAAACAAUGAAGCCUUUGCACAAAUAUGUAGUCAUCAUCAUGGAAGAAUCCAUACUGGAUAGAAACUCUGAAUGUAUUUAAUAUGGUGAAGCCUUUUCAAAUUUCACAAGUCUUCAUAAUCAUCAAAGAGAAACCCUAUAAAUGUAUUUAAUAUGGUGAAACCUUUGCACAUUUCUACAGUUUUCAUCAU